AGCUGAAAGACUUUGUUCUCUCGUGCUCUGUCGGACACAACGCGAUAAUCUCGGACUUUUAAAAACUCUCGAAUAAAACACACACGGAGACUUUUAUUCACUAAGUAAAAGACGAGCGGGAAUUAUAAAACUACAGAGAGAGGGUAAAAGGAGCUAGACAUGCCUUUACCGAGGGGAAAGAAGCCCACAGUGGUCGCUGGGAGCAAGAUACCCAAGCCAAGUACAUCGUCUGAAAACCAGGGGGAAGGCCCACAGGUGAAGAGGUCAUCCUCCCCUCCUCAUGGAGCUCCGAAGAAGAGAACAGCUUUUAUUGACAUCACCAAUGCUCAUAAAGUUCAGAUCAGCCUUCCUGGGAGAAAGAAGGAGCAAAGUAAGAAGCUGGUGAAGAAAACAGCCACCUCCGUGUCUGCCAAGAACCAAGCCAACUUGAAAAAGUCUUCCUCUGUGGAGACAACUGCAGACACAGACAAGUCUGAAGUAGACGAGGUCAAAGUGUGCAAGGAGGAAGCAGAGGUGCUGAACGAUGCAGUGGCUCCAGUUGAAGAGCUGGUGGCAGCUGCGCCCCCUGCUGUCCAUGAAGUGCCAGCACACCUCCAGAAACAGAAGAUUCCAGAGGAGUUUGACAUCGACUCUGAAAACGCUGAGGACUAUUUCAUGUGUCCGGAGUACGCAAAGGACGUCUUCGAUUACCUCAAACAGAGAGAGGAGAAGUUUGUCCUCUGUGACUACAUGUCCAAGCAGCCCAGCCUCAACCCAGAGAUGAGGGCGAUCCUGAUCGACUGGCUCGUGGAAGUGCAAGAAAACUUUGAGCUGUACCACGAGACCCUGUACUUGGCCGUGAAGCUGACAGACCACUACCUGGCCCAGGCGCCGAUCCACAGGGAGAUGCUGCAGCUGGUCGGAUCCACAGCCAUGCUCAUAGCCUCCAAGUUUGAGGAACGCAACCCCCCGUGUAUCGACGACUUCAUAUAUAUUUGUGAUGAUGCGUACAAGAGGGAGGAGCUGAUCUCCACAGAGGUCAGCAUCCUGCAGACGCUGUCCUUCGACAUCAACAUCCCCAUCCCGUACCGCUUCCUCAGACGCUAUGCCAAGUGUGUGAAUGCGGACAUGGACACGCUGACUCUGGCCCGUUACUACUGUGAGAUGAGCCUCAUGGAGAUGGAACUGGCCCUGGAGAGGGGCUCGCUGUUGGCCUCUGCCUGCCUGCUGUUGGCGCUGAUCAGUAAAGAACUGGGAGGAUGGUCUCCCAUCCUGCAGUUCCACUCGGGAUAUCAGCUGUCAGAUUUGGCGCCUGUUGUCAGAACGCUCUACUAUAUGCUUUUAGCACCCCCAGAUGAUAAACUGAAGGCCGUCAGGAACAAAUACUCACACAAAGUGUUUUUCGAAGUCGCGUCUCUGCCCUUGGUCGACAUCAACGUCUUGGAGAAAGCUUUAACGGUGUGAUUUUACGCCCUCACAAAACAGAUCGCAAACCGGUCGAUGCGAGUGAAACCUUCACUCGGACAAAACAUGUAUAUAAAUUGUGAAUAAUGCAUUAUAUUUAUACACAGUGUUGUGAGUCUUUUUUUAUAAUAAUGAAAAUAAAUGUUUAAUACCUAUUUUAAAAGAAAAGAGCACAAAUGUGGGCAUUUGUUUUAGAAGUUACUGCCAGUGUCUUAAGUUGUAGCCGUUAAUAAAUUUAUACCGAUAUAUAUUUUUUCAACUUUAAUCUUUUAACUUUUUAUAUGAAGAUACAGGGAAAAAAAUGGUAGUUUGUUAAACCCCAUGUGUUUUUAUUCUAGAACUGAGUAGACAUUCGUUCCGAGUCGGAGCUGAAUGACGUCGGUACAUUUGUUUUCAUUUUUCCCGCCCCACAUAUUUUAUAGGUUGUCGUGCUCUUUGUUUGCAGGUAUGUUUGUAAUUUCUUGUACAGAGUUUAUCAUGUUUAAUGUUGCUUUGCUUAUUAUUUUAUACAAAAGUCGACCAGAAAAUACUGUGCUAUUUCUAAAUGGCUAUAAUGCGUACUCUUAAAAUAAAGACUUUUGAUAAAAUGUCA